UUAGGGUUUUGGGGAAACUCUUCGCAAAUUCCUGGGUCCAGUCCCCGCCAUUGCUCCGCAGAUUCACCACACUGUGAACCCUGUGAGAGAGUUGUAGUUGUCGUUUAGUACUUUGCUGGAAUGCGCGGUGGAUUUGUUUGGCAGGGCAUGCGGAGACGCAGCUGCACUCAAACGUGGAGGAUGAUGCGGUGGUGCGAUCCGGGAUGCUCGACCAACUGAACUACUGCAAGGAUUUUGCCUGUUACUGAGUAUGGAGUGCAUUCGUAGAGAAGUGUAUGAAGGCUUUGUUCGUGAGAGCCGUGACUCGCGGUGGGCGCCAUGGCGAGGCGGGACGCGGCGCUAAAAAUCUUGAAGUCUCAGCCGUUUUCGAUACUCUCCAAAGGGGUCACUUCUAGGGAGCCUGGUGUAAUCUGGGGAAAGGGAUUGCAGCUGGGCGCGACUCAACUUUCAUCAGGAGGAUGCCAUCCUGGGACAAGCGCUCAAGUGGGUAGAGAUUUGGGCAGCAGAGACACCGGCAGUCUUGAAUUGCCCAGUAAUGCAUUGUCGAUUAAUGAAGGGGUCACUAUCUCUGAUGACCUUUCGAAGGUUAGAGCUUGUAGCAUUUCGGCGUUGAGUGGUAAUGGAAUGUCUGUCAAGAGCAGAACUUCGUGCUUAGGUGCAAGAUUAGCAAGCAAUGUUGUAUUUUUGGACAGUGAAAGAGAUUCAGAUGAUCAAGGUGCUGCACUUCUACAAGCUAUGCCAUCAUCAUCCCUUCAUGCCCCUCCAGUUCAAUCUGCGCAACGAAUACGGCAACCCCAACAGUCGCCGAGGUUCUCCACCCCGAAGUUAUUGAUAGGAAAGGUUUGCCAAGUGCUCCGGGAUACGGAAUGGGGUCAGGGAACGGAGGAGGCUUUACAAGAGCUGGGCGUUUAUUUUACUCCGAGCUUAGUGAACGAAGUUUUACGCUGCCAGCAAGAUGUGGACAAAGCGAUGGGGUUUUUUGAGUAUGUGAGGAAACAGCCCUAUUACAGUCACAACUCCCGCACUCACGCUAAAAUGUUGACUCUUCUAGGCGCUGCGAGGAGAUACGACGAUGUUCAGCGGCUUGUUGAAUCAAUGCAAAAGGAUCGCACUAAACUGGACACGCAGCUAUUCAAUACUCUCAUCCACAUCUAUGGUGAGGCCAAUAUGAUGGAGAAGGCACUGCAGACACUUGCUGCGUUUACAAAAGAAGGGGGCCGGCCGACGGCUUAUACUUACAGUUCUAUGAUUCAAGUUUUCAUGAAAGGGGGCGAUGUUCAAAACGGCUUGUUGAUGUAUAAACAGAUGUUGAAAGCGAAGUUUGUGCCGGAUCACACCACCUUCAACAUUCUCAUUGACAGCUUGGCAAAGGCUGAUCAGGUUGAGGAAGCUUGCAAUGUCUUUGGUGACAUGUUCAAACUCAAUGUCUCGCCCGAUGUUUACACUUACACCAUCCUUAUUCGCAGUCUGGGUACCAUAGGAAGGAUUGAUGCUGUCAUGAAGUUGUUUGAAAGCAUGACUGCGCAGGGAUGUCAACCCAACUUGUUCACGUACCACAGUGUAAUGCAUGCUUUUGGAAGCGCUGGAAGAGUGGAUGAAGCUUGCGACAUUUUCCAACAAAUGGUGCAAAAGGGGCUUCAGCCUGACGCAGUGACGUACAACAUUCUGAUAGAUGCCUUUGGCAAAACUGGGCAGCUGGAGAGGGCAUUUGAUUUUGUGGGAAAAUCUCGUAGCUUUACAAAUGAGGUUACAUAUAACAGCCUUCUGAGCAGCUUAGGCCGGAAGGGUGAUAUCCAGGGGCUGAUGGAACUUUUCGGGCAAAUGAAAGCCAAGGGGUUGGUAUCUAAUGAGCUCACGUAUGCCAUUUUAAUUGAGCGUCUUGGAUGGGCCGGCCGCGUAGAGGAUGUCUGGCAGUUGUACUUGGAAAUGGUGGACAAUGAUAUUAAGUAUGAUAUCGUGACCAUAAACAAUGUUCUCGAUUGUCUGAGCAAAGCAGGGAGGGUAGAAGCUGCAUUUGAGCUAUUCCAGGAUAUGAAAUUUAAGGGCUUAAACGCAGACACCGUCACUUACAAUAUUUUGAUUAAUGGUUUGGGUCGUGCUGGGAAGCUGGAUGCGGCUGGCGCUCUGCUGUUGGAGAUGGAAGAAAACGGAUGUGCUCCCAAUAUUAUUACCUACAACACUUUGAUUAGCAGUUACGGGAAAUGGAGCAAUUUAUCCGCGGCAACAAGGCUAUUUCUCGAAAUGAAAGAGAGAGGUGUUGCUCCAAAUGUUGUCUCUUAUUCCUCCCUAAUCGAAGGGUUCGGAAAAGCAGGGAGAACAGAUGCUGCCAUAUCCUUGUUUAGAGAAAUGAAAGCAGAAGGUUGCCCUCCAAAUCACGUUACCUACAACCUACUGAUUGACUGCCUCAUUCGGGCUGGCCGAUUUGGCGCUGCUAUGGAAUAUCUUCGUGAGAUGAGAGACGCGGGCUGUCAAAUGGGGAAAGUCACAAAAAGUUUGCUUGUGAGAAUCCCUCCCCAGUAUAUGGAAGAAGCGCAGAGUUUCUUUCAAGAGUGAUUGACUCAGAAUUUACCUACUCAUUUGUUUAUCACUUCAUAAUUUUUAGGAAAUUAAUUAUACCCAGUGUUUGCACCCCGAGCUAACACUUAAUUUUUCCUCUCUAUGGAAUCUGGGUUUCUCAGGAUGCUGUUUUGCAUCUGAAAGUCUUGUGGGAUGUAUCGCUCUCUUCCAACAUCACUGGUCUAGAUUGCCUACUUUCAGACUGGUUAUUAAUAUUAA